UAAUAAUCCCAAAAUGCGGAGGUUGCAACGUUGCGCGGUCGUUUCUUGUCACGCGUCCAGUGGAGAUGUUGUCACGCAUGUGGAAUGUUUAGAUGAGAUGUUUCAUGCAGUGCAGAAUGAGCAAGACUCAGGGAUUCCCCCUCAGGUCUUGGUUGGAGUCCAAGCCCAGUGCUGGAGCCCAGUGUGGUCAGGACCCCCGAGACCGAGGAGGGUGCAUGGAGGGGUCAAGGCCUGUAGGUCCAGGGUCCUCGGCCUGCCUGUGGUUGGGGCUGGUCUCGGCAGCGCUGACCUUUCUUUGCGCGGAGUCCCGGACCACCCCGAGUCCGCCGCUCGCCCCGGACAAUGCCACCUGCCCGGGGAACUCCAAGUGCAGACCCGGCAUCAUCCUCCCCAUCUGGUACCCGGAGGAUCCGUCCAUGGGGGACAAGAUCGCGCGGGUCAUUGUGUAUUUCGUGGCCAUGAUCUACAUGUUCCUGGGGGUGUCCAUCAUCGCCGACCGCUUCAUGGCGGCCAUCGAGGUCAUCACAUCGCAAGAGAAGGAGAUCGUCAUCAAGCGACCCAACGGGGAGACCACCACCACCACCAUCCGAGUGUGGAACGAGACGGUGUCCAACCUCACCCUCAUGGCGCUGGGGUCCUCCGCCCCGGAGAUCAUGCUCUCCGUCAUCGAGGUCUGCGGACACGACUUCAAAGCGGGCGAGCUGGGGCCGGCCACCAUCGUGGGCAGCGCCGCCUUCAACAUGUUCGUCAUCAUCGGCCUGUGCGUGUCCGUCAUCCCGCAAGGAGAAGUCCGCAAAGUCAAACACCUGCGCGUGUUCUUCAUCACCGCCGGCUGGAGCAUCUUCGCCUACAUUUGGCUCUACAUGAUCCUGGCCGUCUUCUCCCCCAACGAGGUCCAAGUCUGGGAGGGCCUGCUCACGCUCGCCUUCUUCCCCGUCUGCGUGGUCCUGGCCUGGGUGGCCGACCGCCGCCUGCUCUUCUACAAGUUCAUGCGCAAGAAGUACCGCACCGACAAGCACCGCGGCGUCAUCAUCGAGACGGAGACGGAGCGCGCCAAAGGGAUCGAGAUGGACGGCAAGAUGGUCAACUCUCACUUCAUGGACGGCGGCGCCGCCGCGGGCGCCGGCAACCUGCUGGGUCUGAUGGAGAGCAAGGAGGUGGACGAGUCCCGCCGCGACAUGAUCCGCAUCCUCAAGGACCUGAAGCAGAAGCACCCGGAGAAAGAUCUGGACCAGCUGGUGGAGAUGGCCAACUACUACGCGCUCUCGCACCAGCAGAAGAGCCGCGCCUUCUACCGCAUCCAGGCCACGCGCAUGAUGACGGGCGCCGGCAACAUCCUGAAGAAGCACGUGGCGGAGCAGGCCAAGAGGUGCGCCAGCGUGCCGGAGGUGCACGUGGACGAGCCCGAUGAGUACGUCACCCGCGUCGCAUUCGAGCCCGCCACCUACCAGUGCCUGGAGAACUGCGGCGCCGCCAUCCUCAGCAUCACCAGGAAGGGCGGCGACAUCAACAAGACCGUCUACGUGGAUUACAAGACGGAGGACGGCUCGGCCAACGCCGGCGCCGACUACGAGUUCACCGAGGGCACGGUGGUCUUCAAGCCCGGGGAGAUGGUGCGGGAAGUCAGUGUGGGCAUCAUCGACGACGACAUCUUCGAGGAGGACGAGCACUUCUUCGUGCGCCUGGGCAACCUGCGCGUGCUGGAGGUGGAGGAGGAGCUGCUGUGCGCCAACAGUCUUCCCUACCCGAAGGCGGUUUUGGGGUUCCCCGCCGUCGCCACGGUGACCAUCCUGGACGACGACCACGCCGGCAUCUUCACCUUCGAGAGCGGCUCGGCGCACAUCAGCGAGAGCAUCUGCAUCAUGGAGGUGAAGGUGCUGAGGACUUCCGGCGCCAGGGGGACGGUCAUCGUGCCGUACCGCACGCUGGAGGGCCUCGCCAAGGGGGGCGGCGAGGACUUCGAGGACACGUACGGCGAGCUGGAGUUCAAGAACGACGAGAUCUGCAAAGUCAUUCACGUGAAAAUUAUUGACGACGAAGAGUACGAGAAAAACAAGAACUUCUUCCUGGAGCUGGCCGAGCCUCGCAUGGUCGACAUGAGCCUCCAGAAAGCCAUGCUGCUGGCCCACGAUGUUCCCGACAGGAAGUUGACGUCGAGCGAGGAGGAAGCAAAGCGCAUCGCUGAGAUGGGGAAGCCGGUCUUGGGGGAGCAUUCCAAGAUGGAGGUGAUCAUCGAAGAGUCGUACGAGUUUAAGAGCACAGUGGACAAACUCAUCAAGAAGACCAACCUGGCUCUGGUGGUGGGAACCAACUCUUGGAGGGAACAGUUCAUGGAGGCCAUCACUGUCAGUGCAGAUGAGGAAGAGGACGACGCGGGCGAGGAGCGUCUUCCGUCCUGCUUCGACUACGUCAUGCACUUCCUGACGGUCUUCUGGAAGGUUCUGUUCGCCUGCGUGCCGCCCACCGACUACAUGAACGGCUGGGCGUGCUUCGUGGUGUCCAUCGUCAUCAUCGGCCUGCUGACGGCCGUCAUCGGCGACCUGGCGUCUCACUUCGGCUGCACCAUCGGCCUCAAGGACUCCGUCACCGCCGUGGUCUUCGUGGCGCUCGGGACGUCCGUCCCAGACACGUUCGCCAGCAAGGUGGCGGCGGUCCAGGACACGUACGCCGACGCCUCCAUCGGAAACGUGACGGGCAGCAACGCGGUCAACGUGUUCCUGGGCAUCGGCCUGGCGUGGUCGGUGGCCGCCAUCUACUGGUACAGCAAAGGCAAGCCCUUCGUGGUGCACGCCGGCUCGCUGGCCUUCUCCGUCACGCUCUUCACUAUCUUCGCCUUCCUGGCCGUGUCGGUGCUGCUGUACCGGCGCCGCGCCCACAUUGGGGGGGAGCUGGGGGGCCCGCGCGGGCACAGACUGGCCACCUCGGGCUUCUUCUUCAGCCUGUGGUUCCUCUACAUCCUCUUCUGCAGCCUGGAGGCCUACUGUCAUAUAGACGGCUUCUAGACGCCACACUGCCGGGAGGAGGCGUGUCCUGCGUGGGGGCGUGUCCUGCUCGCCCCACAGCUGCGAUGGAGCCCCCAGAAGAUGCCAAGAGUGAGACCACACGGAGAGAGUCUAUAUUUUUCUCGACAUCUUGACCACAGCCACUUUUUUUAACAAAAGUAUUUUGGGGAUAAAAAUGCAAAAAAGGAACUAACCAAAAAAAAAAACACCGUUUUCUGACCAACGUUGUGGGAUGCUACACAACGUUGUGGGAUUGACUUGUAGUAUUUUUAUUUUUAUUUUACUUGAUGUUUUCGCUGCAGAAACAUCACCACAGAAGAGGACAGUUCACCCUGCACUCUGUAUUAUAUAUCUAUAUCAUCAUAUAUUCACGUACUUUAUGUAUUUUAUUUUUCAAAUGUACUCACCUAAUGCUUCUUCUACACAAAAGAGACAGGAGAGGAUCAGACUACUUCCUGGAAAAUCCCUCCCCAUAAUUCUGCUCUCACUCCACUUUUCAAUCACAAAGUAUUGAUAAUAACGCGUUAUAAAUAAGUAAAUAACACAUUCAGAAGUAUUUUUCUACUUCCAUGCACUUUUGCCGUUGAGAGAUCUAUUUAUGGAGUCGUGUUUCCCUCUCGGUGAACCGCAGCUCCCCUGGUGCCGGCAGCACUCGUGCACUCUGUCACCGCCGCCAUGUCGGACUGUACAAAAUACCUUGCUACUAAGUUGUGUUGCCAGAUGUUUACACAAAAAUGUUGCUUUUUUUUUCUUGUCUUACUUUUAAAAAUGAAGGCUGCAUUCAUUUUUCCUGCCACUUGGGGCAGCAAACACUGAAAAUAAUGUUUUAGCGACGUCAUUUCAAGCGUUUCUUCCUAAAUAUUGGGAUGGAAUAUGAAUUUCACAGUUCAUCUAAUUACCUUACAAUGCCAAAUGAAAACUGACUUCAACAGUAAAUGCAAUAACCGCAUUGAAAUGUGUUUACUUUUGAGCGUUAAAGUCUCUCACCAUGCAGGCAAAACACUUGUUUUAGCGCCCUUGCUGAAAUAAUAUUCAUAAUGAUAAUUUUAGUUUCAGUUUAGUUACUUUGAGCCUGAACAAUACAACUCUGUCAAGAAUUUAUUGUUUGGAAGUCAAACAUUUCAACAAUCUUGUUUAGCAUUCCAGCUAGCAGCUAGCUGUGUGAAGUUGCCCGCCGCCCCUUAUUAUUGCAAUUUUGAAAUCAGUUUUUUGUUUAUUUCAUUGAGAUGUUAUUAUUCAUAACCAGCCACCGUCAAAAUCUCCACAAACUUGACCAAUUUGUUUGUGCUGCAUUUACCUAUAAUAGUUUUUAAAGUUAAUAUUCAUACACAACUCCCGCCCACCUUUUCAAAACCUCCCCAAACUUGGCCUAAAAGUUUGUGCUGCAAAAAGAAUUGUGUUACUAUUAUAAUUUUUAUGGUAUUAACGUUUAAUAGUUAUGUAUUUAAUGUGUUAUUGUUCAUAACAAGCCCCCAAUUAUGCCAAUAUCUCACUAAACUUAGUCCCAUUCGUUUGUGCUGAAAAAAAAAAAGUCUAACUAUUAUAGUUUUUAUGUUAAUGAGGUGCUAUUAUUCAUAACCAGCCCCACCUCAAUCCUUCCCAUUUAUGGCAAAAUCUGCCCAAACGUUUGUGCUACUUAUGUGCUACAACAAUUUUUUUGUCCAACUAUCAUAGUUUUUGUGUUUAUAAUAUGUUGAUAUUCAUAACGAGUCCCCCAACGUCGUCAAAACCAAAGGUGUCCCAUUCGAUUGUGCUUAAAAAUGUUUUGUUUAACUAUAGUAAUUUUUCUGUUAUUCACAUUUUAUUAGUAAUAACCCGCCCACCACCACCUUGUUAAAAUCUCCCCUAAUGUUUCCCAUUCGUUUUUGCUGCAAAAAUGUUUUUUGUCUAUUUUAUUUUUUAUACUAUUGAGAUAUUAUUAUUCGUAACUAGCCCCCAUCUUGACAAAAUCUUCCCAAACUUGUGCCAAACGUUUGUGCUGGUCUAUGCUGAAAUUAUACUAUAUUGUUUACGUUAUUAACGUUUUAUAUAUUUUUAUGUUAUUAAUGUGUAAUUGUUCAUAACCAGCCCCCACCACCACCACGUCAAAAUCUGUGUAACUAUUAUAAUUUUUGUUUUAUAACGAUUUUUUAAUCAUAACCAACCACCCACCCACCACUAAUUUGGUUAAAAUCUUCCCAAACGUUUGUGCUGGUUUUGUACUGCAAACAUUUUUGUUUAACUGUUCUAAUUUUUAUGUGAACAUUUUAUAGUUGUUUAUUUUCCUAACGUUACAUGAUUCGUAACCAGCGUCCUCACCUUGUCAAAAUCUCAUCCAAACUUGUCCUAUUCGUUUGUGCUGCAAAAACGUUUUUUGUCUGUUAUAUUUGAAGUUAAAGUACCACUGAUAGUCACGCACACACUAGGUGUGGGGAAAUUACUCUCUGCAUUUGACCCAUCCCCUUGUUCCACCCCCUGGGAGGUGAGGGGAGCAGUGAGCAGCAGCGGUGGCCGUGCUCGGGAAUCAUUUUUGUUAUGUUAUUGAAAUGUUAUUAUUCAUAACCAGCCGCCAUCUUGACACAAUCUUCACAAACUUGUGCCAAACGUUUGUGCAGGUCUGUGCUGAAAUUAUAUUGUCUACGUUAACGUUUUAUAGUUUUUAUGUUAUUGUUCACCACCACCAUGUCAAAAUCUCCCCAAACGUCUUCCAUUCGUUUGUGCUGCAUUUUUUGUGUAACUGUUAUAAUUUUGGUUAUUAACGUUUUAUUAUUCAUAACCAACAGCCACUCACCAAUUUGGUCAAAAUCUUCCCAAACUUGUACCAAACGUUUGUGCUACAUUUGUGCUGCAAACAUUUGUGUUUAACUGUUCUAUUUUUUAUGGGAACAUUCUAUAGUUAUUUAUUUUCCUAACAUUAUAUGAUUCAUAACCAGCGUCCUCACCUUGUCAAAAUCUCAUCCAAACGUGUCCUAUUCGUUUGUGCUGCAAACAGUUUUUGUCUAGCUAUUAUAGAAUAGAAUAGAAUAGAAUAGAAUAGAAUGGACUUUAAUGUCAUUAUAUUUGCAUAUAACGAGAUUAAGGACUCUAUCCUAAGGUGCGGUAGUGGAAACAAAUAUGGGAUCAAAAUUAAUUACACAAGAAGUAAUAAAGAUAAAAAAAUAAGAAUUGAAAUAAACAGACUACUAUCCAAUAAAAUAAUAAGCAAUCCUGUACAAUAUACAAAACAAUAUACAAAAUAUUGUACAAUAUACAGAACAAGACAAGAGUACCGUAGUAAUAACAAUUGUCGGAUGUAUUGCACUCGAAGGGUAAUAUUGCACAGUAGGGUAUUAGGGUAGGAUAUUGCAGUGUUUUUCAACCACUGUGAGAUACAGUCUGGUGUGCCGUGGGAGAUUAUCUAAUUUCACCUAUUUGGGGUAAAAAAUAUUUUUUGCAAACCAGUAAUUAUAGUCUGCAAAUGAUGGGUUGUUGUUGAAUGUCUGUGCUGUCUAGAGCUCGGCAGAGUAACCGUGUAAUACUCUUCCAUAUCAGUAGGUGGCAGCCGGUAGCUAAUUGCUUUGUAGAUGUCGGAAACAGCGGGAGGCAGCGUGCAAGUAAAAAGGUAUCUAAUGCUUAAACCAAAAAUAAACAAAAGGUGAGUACCCCUAAGAAAAAGCAUUGGAGCUUAGGGAAGGCUAUGCAGAACGAAACCAAAACUGAACUGGCUACAAAAGUAAACAAAAACAAAAUGCGGGACGACAGCAAAGACUUACUGUGGAGCAAAGACGGCAUCCACAAUGUACAUCCGAACAUGACAUGACAAUCAACAAUGUCCCCACAAAGAAAGAUAAAAACAACUGAAAUAUUCUUGAUUGCUAAAACAAAGUAGAUGCGGGAAAUAUCGCUCAAAGGAAGACAUGAAACUGCUACAGGAAAAUACCAAAAAAAGAGAAAAAGCCACCAAAAUAGGAGCGCGAGACAAGAAGUAAAACACUACACACAGGAAAACAGCAAAAAACUCAAAAUAAGUCAGGGUGUGAUGUGACAGGUAGUGACAGUACACCUACUUUGAGACAAGAGCUAUAGUGAUGCAUGCUUGGUUAUGCUUUAAAGUCAUAUCCAACAAUCGCGACAACGACUUUUUACUGUCAACUGAGUUUCGUUUUUUAAUGAUUUCUGCUGGUGGUGUGCCUCCGCAUUUUUUCAACGCAGAAAAUGUGCCUUGGCUCAAAAAAGGUUGAAAAACACUGGGAUAUUGUAUAAGUAUUAGGGUAGGAUAGUGUAUAGUUUUAUGUUAUAGGGCUGGUUAUGAGUAAUACCACUAUAAAACGUUUAUAACAUCAAAAACUUUUAAUAGUUGGGACAAAAAAAAUGCACAAAUCAACACAAACGUUUGGGACAACUUUGAGGAGAUUUUGACAAAGCUGGUUAGGAAUUAUGAAACGUUAUUAACAUCCAUUUUCUACCGCUUGUCCCUUUUGGGGGGGGGGGUGUGCUGGAGCCCAUCUCAGCUGCAUUAAAAACUAUAAUAGCUUGACAAAAAAAAGUGUAGCACAAACGUUUUGGACAAGUGUGGGGAGAUUUUGACACAGUGGGGCGGUGGAUGACGUCAUUAGUCAGUAAAUGUAUUUUUUAAUAACUUUAAAAAAAAACGUAAGAGCACAAGCGAAUAUUUAUACAUCACAAACCCUCACAAUAUAAUAGCAGUGUUUUUUUUAAUAUUUGUAAUUAUAAAAGGGGCCAACUUCACACAGGUCGAUGUCUCCGUUAGCUUCCAUGCUAAGGAAGUAUAAAUAGUGCAGUGUCACUUUCUAGCAGAAGUAUCUCUUACCUUCUUUUUAGCGUAACAGCGUGGCCAUACAUGACUUUUACUUCUCACCUGAAUUCCAACGUGCAGACUUUUGAGAACGUUUCUUGUCAUAACUGGCUCUUAUUUGUCGAAACAAGCGCUUGCUAGCAGUAUUUCUUUACUUGUUGAUUGCGCGCCAUCUGCCGGACUCUCCUCUUCUUCCGGUCUGGUUGAGACACCCUCCAAAACCUAAUGUACAUAAUCAUAAUCAUCGCAACAUAACCCAUACGUUUGAUUUGAGCAACAAUGCUACUUACACUCAACGUUUGACUUCCUCUGUUUUCUUUUCAGAGUUAGUCGUGUUGUGGUAUGACGUUUAGUUUUUAUCUACCUGCCAGGAUAUGUGAGGCUGUUACAUGACGUCAUAAAGUGGGUGUGUUCAAAGUGCCUCCCAGGGGGCCAUUUGCAGCCCGCAGCCAGCCUAACGUUCUACAAAAUAAAAGAAGACAAACUAAACGGGGGGAAAAGGGGCAAAAGUGUAACGUAAGGAUGUGAAAUUUUAACAAUCAUGCUAAAAUACAAGCAGUUUUUUUCUUGAAAUGAAAAUACGUUUUAGCUUUUUUCAAAGUUUGGACACUCAAACUUAAAUUUAUUCCAAAUUCAACAUAAGUUACAUGACUUCAACAAGCUGCUUCUCUUCCUCCUGGACUUUGUGACAAUGACCUUCUUUAUUCUUGCUUUUAUAACACAUUUGAAACAUGAAUAUUUUCCUGAACUGCGAUCAGAAGUCCAACAUCAAAGGACAAAACAAAGCUUUUCCCAAAAUGUUUUUUUUUCUUCUUCUACUGUGGAAAUAAAAACCUGCUUUCUG